ACAGGCGGAAGUGAUGUCAUUAACAUGGCGGAAAAAGAAGUUGAUCGCUCAUCUACUACUGAUUCUACAAGAGCCACUUCAAAGCACUCUUCUGAAGAUGAAAACACAAAAUCCGAGAGUCCUGCGCCUGAAUACAACCAGAAUCUUCGAAGUGUGCUUAUUACCAAAAUUUUAAACGUGGAGAAGCUCGACGAAGACCUGUACAGGGGGACACAUCACUGGGUGCCCCAGACUCAGCGUUUAUUUGGGGGACAAAUCAUCGGUCAGGCACUCGUUGCUGCUGCCAAAUCUGUCAGUGAUGAUCUGAACGUCCAUUCCCUCCACUGCUACUUUGUACGAGCAGGAGACCCUGAGGUACCAGUAUUGUACCAGGUAGACCGCACAAGGGAUGGUCACAGUUUUACAGUGCGGUCUGUGAAGGCGAUCCAGCACGGGCAGCCUAUACUGAUCUGCCAAGCAUCCUUCCAAAUGUUACAGCCAAGCCCAUUGCAACACCAGUUCACUAUGCCAGUGGUCCCGAAGCCUGAAGAGCUCCUUACUGUGGAGGAACUCAUCCAGCUUUAUCUCAGUAAACCAGGCCUGGCUGAAAAUGUAAAACAGGGUCUUAGCAAACUGCUGGCAAUUGAAGUGCCUAUUGAGAUUAAGCCAGUCAACCCUCCACAGUUUUCCAGGCACGCUGUGGAAGAACCAAAGAAACUCUACUGGGUGCGAGCCAAAGGAUACAUUGGUGAAGGCAACAUGAAGUUGCAUUGCUGCGUGGCUGCCUACGUGUCAGAUUUUGCCUCUCUGGCGACUGCAAUCCUGCCUUACCCCAACUUCAGGGUCAAGUUCUCCGCCUCGCUGGACCACGCCAUGUGGUUCCACAGCACUUUCCGCAGCGAUGAGUGGAUGUUGUACGAGUGCGAGAGUCCAUGGGCAGGGGACAGUCGAGGACUGGUUCAGGGCAGACUGUGGAGAAGAGACGGGACGCUGGCUGCCUCUUGUUCGCAGGAAGGCGUCCUCAGGGUCAAAGAAGUUACUGAGCGGAGCAAACUAUAGGUGCCUCUCCCACACAGUUGUAUUUAUUUUUAUUUAUCUUUAUAAAAACUGAGGUUUUUUGAUGCAGUUAUACUUUUAUUUCCACACAAUAAAUGUGGAUUUUGAUUCCAUCAAGUUUACUCGGACAUUAACGUAUCGCAUGUAUCGAGUUGGUAAGUGUUCAUCAGGGGCUCCCGAAAGAUAAGAUUUGAGAUGGGACAAUGCGUUUCUCGUUGUACCACAUUUGGCAGAUUUCAGACUUGAUUUUCAUCACGUUCAUUUUACUUGUCAAUGAGUUUAACACUGCAUAAUGCCUGCCGACUUAUGUUCUCCAGUUCUGAAAGGCAGAAAUAAAUGAAAUCCCAUUACAA